AAUGUCCAGUCUGUGCAAGCUGAGCUGGCGUCGCUGAUCGGCCAGCGAUGUGUCAGUCCCUAUGGUUCGUGAAGAUGAAGCGCCACUCGCACUGGCCGCUGCUGGCCUUUGCCUUUGCACGCGACGCGUCUCUUCAACAAUCGCGCUGCCGGCACCUCGAACUUUGGAUCGUCGAUGAAGGCUCCCACGGCCACUCAGUGCAAUACGCUCGACCGCUGGGUCAUGCAACAACACAGCCUCGCAAAUCCAUCGGAGACUCGUCCUCUUGGUGCCAUGAAGCAGAGAAACGCUGCAAGACGCAGGGACCCUCCAAAUGACUCGUCACAGCAGCUCUUGCUUUCUCUCGGCACGCAAUCGGGCCGAGAACUAUCGACGCACGGCGACCUUAUCAAUGAGCAAGCGAAAGACACGGUCUUGACGAUCAGGUGUACCUCUUGCGGUCUUCUAUACGCACGCGCAUCCUCGCAAGAAAAGGCCCUGCACCAGCGAUACUGCAGCCAAUCGAAUCUGCAUAGUCCAGCGCCAGGUAGCUGUAGGCUCUUCGUCAGCCGGUCAAUCAUCCGCACUGUACUCUGGUCCUCAUUGGUAGGCGAUAAGAUCGUCGAGAUCGAUCUGACGGGUCAUUUCCCACGCGCUGAAACUGAAGAGCUUGAAGCGAUAUUAUCGCGCGUCGACAUGGAGCUAGGUUCACCUCGCUGCGAUCUGACGAGCUAUGCUCAGUCUCACGGCAAAAUGUACGCCUAUCUGAUACCGACACGCCAGUCAGGCCCGUUGGAGCUUGCCGCUGCUAUCACGACCACGAGGAUCAAGUCCUCUGAGAUUGCACGCAUCAGUGGCUCCGAGAGCUCAGACAUUAUCAUCACUUCGGACCGCCCAGAUCCCACCUCUCGCAUCGGCAUUCAGCGCAUGGUCGCAAUGUCGCAUCAUCGUCGCAAAGGACAUGUCACACGGCUCAUUGACUUGGCUUGCAAGACCGCGAUACCCUACUGCCCGCAAGCGCGCACCGACCUUGCAUUCAGUCAGCCAACGCGUCAAGGAGCAGCUUUCAUUCUGGCUUAUCUGAAAGCCACAGAACUCCGGCUCUGCUAGCGAGAUAGAGGCUCGAUGCAUCUACGCUUUCGCUUUGCCCUUCCCCUUGCCCUUUGGCCGUGCUUGGCUCGCCGCAGGAUCGGCAUGGCCAUUGAGCUGCUCGGGUUCCGGGCCUUUGCCACUAAAGCGUCCUUGAAUGGUGCGGUAGUGAGCCAUCUCUGCCUUGGAAACGCUCGGCACGAGCUCAGCUAGAGCAUUUUCGAAGUCGCCUUGAGAGACCAGAACCUCGAUCUCGCUCGGUUUUGCCAUCUCCGAGAGGUAGUAUUGAGGCAUGAUUGGCGUCGUC